GUGGGAGCAGCGAGAGCUACCUAAUGGGCGUGUCUAUUAUGUUGACCACAAUACCAAGACUACCACCUGGGAGCGGCCUCUUCCUCCAGGCUGGGAAAAACGCACAGACCCCCGAGGGAGGUUUUACUAUGUGGAUCACAACACCAGGACCACCACCUGGCAGCGCCCAACAGCUGAGUAUGUGCGGAACUACGAGCAGUGGCAGUCGCAGCGGAAUCAGCUUCAGGGGGCCAUGCAGCACUUUAGCCAAAGAUUCCUCUACCAGUCUUCGAGUGCUUCGACUGACCAUGAUCCCCUGGGCCCCCUCCCUCCUGGCUGGGAGAAGAGACAGGACAACGGACGGGUGUAUUACGUGAACCACAACACACGCACCACCCAAUGGGAGGACCCUCGAACCCAGGGGAUGAUCCAGGAACCGGCCUUGCCUCCAGGGUGGGAAAUGAAAUACACCAGCGAGGGCGUGCGGUACUUUGUGGACCACAAUACCCGUACCACCACCUUUAAGGAUCCUCGCCCAGGGUUUGAGUCAGGGGCAAAGCAAGGUUCUCCUGGUGCCUAUGAUCGCAGUUUCCGGUGGAAGUACCACCAGUUCCGUUUCCUCUGCCACUCAAACGCCCUACCCAGCCAUGUGAAGAUCAGCGUUUCCAGGCAGACACUAUUUGAGGAUUCUUUCCAACAGAUCAUGAAUAUGAAACCCUAUGACUUGCGCCGCCGGCUGUACAUCAUCAUGCGUGGCGAGGAGGGCCUGGACUAUGGUGGCAUUGCCAGAGAAUGGUUUUUCCUUCUGUCCCAUGAGGUGCUCAACCCUAUGUACUGUUUAUUUGAAUACGCUGGCAAGAACAAUUACUGCCUGCAGAUCAAUCCUGCCUCCUCCAUCAAUCCUGACCACCUUACCUACUUCCGCUUUAUUGGCAGAUUCAUCGCUAUGGCUCUAUACCAUGGAAAGUUCAUCGACACGGGCUUCACCCUUCCUUUCUAUAAGCGGAUGCUCAACAAGAGACCAACCUUGAAAGACCUGGAGUCCAUUGACCCUGAAUUCUACAACUCUAUUGUCUGGAUCAAAGAGAACAACCUAGAAGAGUGUGGCCUGGAGCUGUUCUUCAUCCAGGACAUGGAGAUCCUGGGCAAAGUGACAACCCAUGAGCUGAAGGAAGGUGGCGAGAGCAUCCGAGUCACAGAGGAGAACAAGGAAGAAUACAUCAUGCUGCUAACUGACUGGCGUUUCACACGAGGCGUGGAAGAGCAGACCAGAGCCUUCCUGGAUGGCUUCAAUGAGGUAGCCCCACUGGAGUGGUUACGCUACUUUGAUGAGAAAGAGCUGGAGCUGAUGCUGUGUGGCAUGCAGGAGAUAGACAUGAGUGAUUGGCAGAAGAACACCAUCUACCGGCAUUAUACCAAGAACAGCAAGCAGAUCCAGUGGUUCUGGCAGGUGGUGAAGGAGAUGGACAAUGAGAAAAGGAUCCGGCUCCUGCAGUUUGUUACUGGAACCUGCCGCCUGCCUGUUGGGGGAUUUGCUGAACUCAUUGGAAGCAAUGGCCCACAGAAGUUCUGCAUUGACAAGGUUGGCAAGGAAACCUGGCUGCCCAGAAGCCACACCUGUUUCAACCGUCUGGAUCUUCCACCCUACAAGAGCUACGAACAACUGAAAGAAAAGCUGCUAUAUGCCAUUGAGGAGACUGAGGGCUUUGGACAGGAAUAACAAGACUGCCCCUCCCAUGUCCCUCAGCACACAUAUAGUCCUGAGUUGUCCUUGCCUGAGAGGCCAUUGGCAAUGCAGCCCUUAGGAGGCCCCCAUGGAUUGAGGCCCUGUGUAGGACCACACUGUCAUCAUGCUGGUGAUGGAAGAGCCUGACCCCAGGAGAUUCUGUAGCCCUCCCUGCUACCUGCUGGUGGCAGUCUGGAAUAAAGCCCCUAGUCACCCAUGACCCCAUCACCCAUUGCAAAGUCUGAGGGCUGACCCUUUCUGCAGAACUCCUCCCCCAGCCCUAGGCCCAAACCCAGGUGUGUGUGAGCGUGUGAGGGAGUGGGCCCGCCCCCAGGCUGCAUUAGAAACUGGAUCUCAUGGGCUAGUUAGAUGAGGAGAUCAGACUCUGCGAUGGCUGUCCUGGGCUGAGAAAUCUAAGGGUCUUUGCCAGCAAAGGAAGUUCUGCUUAACUAGAAUUUCCAGGAGUCUGUCUGACAUGCAGGUCUGAGGGAGAGACUGCAUUGAGGAUGAUUUAGCUUUAGCCACAGAGACUGAGCAGCAGGGACUUGGUGCUGCCAGCUUGUCCCUUCCUGGUACACAAAGGGUAGGACAAGCUGCCCACCAUGUAUCAGUGGGAGGGAAACAGCAAACUCCAUCAGACUUUUUCCUUUUACAUAAACUUGAAGUGUUUGUGUAUAGGGUUGCUUUCUGUUUUGUUUUUGGUAUGCUGCUGUCCCUGUCAAGAUGCUGUUGCCCCAGGUGUUCUGGGGCCUUUAGGGGCCCAGCCUCAUUGGUUCAGAGUUUCGCAAACAGCCAGUCCUCUCUGGAACCUGCUAGCAGUUCUGUGAGCUCAGCAGGCCUAACCUGGCAGCUUGGCUGCACAGUGGCCAAGGCCCUGAGCUUGACACAAGAAGGGGUGGUGUUCCAGUGCUGCUGCCAACCUUGCGCCUUCAAUAGAGGAGACAGUCCUUUGCUACGUGCAGUUACCCAGGUGGCCCCAGUGAGUGGCAGGUGGGCCUGACAGUCCCUCUCUGGCAGCCCUUAGGGCUCCAGGUGGCUGUUAGUCCUCUGCUUUGAAUGGAACACAUCCUGCUCUUCCUGAAAGUGUGCUUGUGCUGUGUAGAUGUGAGGCUUAUUUGCACAUGGGAAAUGAUGCCACUGAAAACCAGCUGAAGGCCCUGAGCUGCUGCAAUGGCCUGGUAUGAUUUUUCCACUGGCCUCUUACACGGGGAUUUUGCCUUUGAUUGAGAUCUUCCAGGUACAUAGGCUCCUUUGGGAUGCUCCUUAUUCCAGGCUGCCCAGGGCUGUAGGGCCAGGCCCUAUGCAGACUUGCUUCCUGAGCCCCAGGCAGGCUCUCAGACCAAUCACAGGAGACUUCCAAGGACAGUGUCGCUUCUACGUCUUGUCUUUCCCUCUGCUGUGGAGGUAUAGGCCAGCCUGCGUCCUCCCAUGGUGCAGUGCUGAUGAUUUGAGUGGCUCAGCUCACUGCAGCUCAACCCUUUUUCUUCCUUUCGGUCACUUGCUGUACUUCCCUGCACAUGUCACCACAAAGGCUGCUCCAGUGGAUGGGGAGGGUGCAAGGUGCCAGCAAGGUUUGGAAGCCCCAGGGUAUUCAUGUAUGUUUGUGUGUGCGUGAUGCAUAUGUGUAUAUAACUGAAGUGUCUGUAUGGAAUGCCCUGUGGUAGCACUGGGUUGGUCAACGGAAUGUUUUAUAAUGCCCACCCCUGCCUUGGUAUUGCCAGUUUCUUGUGCAAUAAACAAUCAGCAGUUGUGUGUGGUAUGAGUGUAACUGUCUACAGACUCACUGUCCUCCAGGCGAGACAGAGUGGAAAUACCCUGGCCUUGUUGCUUUUGAGAAGUACAUGUGCCCUUAACCGAGGUAGCCACACUUCUGGGCGGGUGGUGAAUCCUUGUCCAGGGACACAUUCAGGCAGUUCAGGUAGUUGCUGUAGGAGCAGAAAAGCUGCUGAUUUUUUUGGGUGGGCUUUGGAAGCCAACUCGGCAGGCCCCUUUUCUCAUUCAAGAAGUACACCCGGAAGUUGUAAGAGUCCCCUGACA